AUGGAGAGCUGCCGGGCGCUGGCACUCUGCGCCGUGGCGGCCGCGCUGCUGCUCAGCGCCCGCGGGCAGGGGCCGCCCGCUCCGCGCCGCGACCGCGACCUCGGGCCGCACGGCGGCGGCGGCGGCGGCGCGUCCCGAGAGAAGGAGCUGAUCGAGGCGCUGCAGGAGGUGCUGGAGAAGCUGAAGAGCAAGCGGGUGCCGCACUACGAGAAAAAGUUCGGGCAGGUGCCGAUGUGCGACGCCGGAGAGCAGUGCGCCGUGAGGAAGGGGGCCCGCAUCGGGAAGCUCUGCGACUGCCCGCGGGGCACAUCGUGCAACUCCUUCCUUCUCAAGUGCCUGUGA